AUGGGGAAAAGAAAAAUUGGUUUCAUUCCCAGAAUGAAUACUCUCUUGUCUGCAAUCCUAGGAGAGCUUGCAGGUAGAUCCUUCUCCUUCUUGAUAGACAGAUGCUACUCCAAACUGCCAUUGCUGUCCAACGAGGAGAAGAUUCAGAGACUCGAAAGGAUGCUGCACCGGCUCGCUGCUGCCAUCGAAGAGGCCGAUGGGAGGAGAAUCUUGAACCAUGGAAUGCUUCGACAUAUCAACAUUCUGAGACAAGACAUGUACAGAGGGUACUACAUUCUUGACUCCUUCAGAUUCCCUGAAGCCCACGAGGAGGAGAUCAUGAGCGAAAACAAUGACAAAGUGAGUUACUCUUUAGCUCUGUCUAAAUUCAACUCUGCCAAGCGUGCUCGAAUCCCUAUUGGUACUAGACGGCAUGGAGAUAGAGGAGAGCUUGAGCAGGUUAUUGACAACCUAGAGAUCGCCAUGGCUGACAUGGUUGAGUUUUUUCUGCUUUUGAACAACUACCCUUCCAUUCAUCGUCAGCCAUACAACAGUUACCUGUUCAUGGACAAGUGCAUGUUUGGGCGUCAAAUGGAGAUGGAGCAUAUCAUCAAUUUCUUGUUGCGUCCUGAACCUCCAAACACGCUAAGUGUUGAUAACCUUGGUGUCCUGCCGAUCAUUGGUCCAGCCAAAGUUGGGAAGAGCACACUUGUCAAGCAUGUUUGCGGCGAUGAGAGGGUGUGCAACCACUUCUCUCGCAUCCUUUUUCUUACUGAGGGCGAUUUUAGAGAGGAAAAAUCAUUGCUUACACUAAGGGAUUCAGGAGAGAUAAGGCAUAUGCACACAUCAUCAUCGGUUUCAAGUGGAGGAGAAAGAUUGUUAGUCAUCAUUGAGUUAGCUGAGGAUGUUGCUGAUGAUAAAUGGACAAUGAUGUGCGCUUCUUUGCGAAGUUGCAUUUCAGCUGGAAGUAAAAUCAUAAUCACAAGCCGGUUAGAGAAGAUCGCAAAGCUUGGAACAACACAACCUCUACGUCUGAAGUUUUUGUCGCGAGAAGCUUACUGGUACUUCUUUAAGGUGCUCGCAUUCGGAAGCUCAGAUCCUAAAGAACACCCUGAGUUAGCAUCUGUAUCAAUGAUGAUGUUCAAUGUCUACUUUGAUCAUGAAUUGUACAAGAAUUUCACUGGACCAUUCAUGGACCUAAAUAUCAUGGCCAGCUUGAUCCAAGCUACAUUUUAUGAGGGCAACUGGCUCAGCCUCCAUGCACACACCAGGAGUUAUUUUCUGCUUAGGAGAGGUUUAGGUGAUGAUUUUGAGUUGAAGACGAAGUGCGUGCCUAUUCCCAAGAAAAAUACAGUUGUGCAACAGUAUUGUGUAAUUUCCGACUAUUGCCGAGUAGGGGUUGCUCAUGAAGAAGAUCAGAAGGUUCCCAAAAUUGACAUGCAAGAUGUCUUGUCAGGGAGAGUUGCACCUGAUGGGAGAUUUGAUGUUGUGCUAUGGAGAUCUCACCUGCCGCCAUAUUACAGCUACAUAUAUAGCUGUGAGAUCCAUGAGUACAGGCCUGUAUUAGCUACCUGCAAGAUGGAACUCCGGCAAAAGAGGAAAAAAAUUAGAUUGAACUAG